GCAGGGUCCAGGGCUCGUAGCAGGUGAGCGGGGCUGGGUGGGGCUCGGACACCUGGGUUCCCCACCCCUGGCUGCAUUCCCGCCCCCACUCGUAUGCCAGGCUAAUUGCCCCCAUCACCCCCUCCCCUCCCGCAGGGGUGGGGCGGCCCUGGCCAGGGUAUUUAUCGAGGCUCAGGCAGCCCUGGGCAGCCUUCGGCAGAGACGAGAUGGGGGGUACCCUGAGGGCCCUGAUCCUGGGCCUGGCGCUGCUGGGUGCCCUGAUGGUGCCAGCCUGGAGCCUGACAUGCAAGCAGUGCCACGGCGAGUUUGGGUGCGACGUAGAGAGCGAGGUGAUGUGUGCGCCCGGCGAGGACGCGUGUCGCACAGCUGUGCGCACGGCUGCCGUGUCCUUCAUGCAGUUCCAGGCGGUGACGAAGGGCUGCGCCCGGGGCGGAGCCAGGCCUGAGGAGGCACUGGAGCUGCGCGGACACCUCUUCGCCCUGGCGACCCGUACCCAGCACUGCGCCCACAACCACUGCAAUGAUGACGUCCUGCUGGCUGCUCCCCCAGCCGCCCCCAAUGCACUGCACUGUCACUCAUGCAGCGUCCAUGAGCCAGGGUGCCCCCCAACUGCCCGGACCCUCCUCGGCUGCACCGGCGCCCAGGACCGCUGCUUCGACCUGGCACUGCGUGGUGUCCUGGGCUCCUUCUCGGACAUGCGGCUGAAGGGCUGCGCCCUCCUGCCUGGCUGUGACCACGGUGCCCUCGGCUUCGACACGGGGUCGGGCGCGCUGCGGGCCCAGUGCUGCAACACCCACUUCUGCAACCACCAGGACUCAGACCUGCAUCUGGAGGCCGAGGCCCCCAACGGGCUGCACUGCCUGUCCUGCCUGGAUCAAGAUGGCUCUGGCUGCCCCACGGACACUGACGCUGGUGCCACCGUCCAAUGCACCGGAGCCCACACUGUCUGCCUGGAGGGUGUGGGUCGCACCCGCCGUGGGACCCCCAGUGGGACCCUGGUGACCUUCAAGGGCUGCGCAACCCCAGCCAUGUGCCAGAGCUCGCUGUUGGCACUGGUGCAGGAGUUGGAUGACACCCAGGUCCUGUGCUGCAACGGCUCCCUCUGCAACCGCCACCUGCCCAGGGGUGUCCUUGUUGCCGCCAGCACUGCCCCCCAGCCAACGGGGGUCCCCAAUUGCAUGCCAUGCACCUCCACCCCCACCCUACCCCCCAUCCCCAAGCCCGACUGCAUCCAGGAGGACAAUGACCACACAGGCCCCAGACCAGGCACUGCUACGACAAUGGGCGGACAUGGCGCUACAUUGCCUCCAAGCACCGAGAGGUCCUGGGACCGGAUGUUGGUGCCUGGCGGGUUCUACUCAGAUGACAGCACUGCGAGGACAGCAGACGAACAAGGGCACCCGGCCUGGGAGGCUGCAGGCAACUACGUUACCGCGGCACCGCAAGGCACAGGCAGCUCCCGGGACCAGGUGUUGCAUGCUGGUGGCUUCUACUCCAACAACAAUACUGUGACGUCUACAGGUGGACAGAAUCAGCCAGGCCGGGAGGUGUCAGACAACCAUGACACCGCAUCAUCCCAGAGUGCAGAUAGCUCCUGGGACCGGGUAUUGAAUGACAGUGGGGUCUACUCCAAUGGCAACACCAUGACAGCAACAAGCAGACAGGGCUGGGAGGCAUCAGGCAACCACGUCACUGCAUCAUCCCGGGGCUCUGACAGCUCCCGGGACCAGGUGUUGGAUUCUGGUGGCUUCUACUCCAGUGGCAACACUGAGACGGAUACAGGCAGACACGGCCAGCCAGGCUGGGAGGUGUCAGGCAACCACAUCACUGCAUCAUCCCAGGGUGUAGAUAGCUCCUGGGACCAGGUAUUGAAUGCCGGUGGGGUCUACUCCAAUGGCAACACCGUGACGGCAACAUUCGGACGUGGCCCACCAGGCUGGGAGGUGUCAGGCAACCACAUCACCGCAUCUCCCCAGGGCACAGAUAACUCCAGGGACCGGGUGUUGGACACUGGUGGCUUCUACUCCAGUGGCAACACAGUGACGGCAACAGGCGGACAUGACCAGCCAAGCUGGGAGGCAUCAGGCAAGCAUGUCACUGUGUCAUCCCAAGACACAGAUGGCUCCCAGGACCGAGUGUUGAAUGCUGGUGGGUUCUACUCUGAUGGCAACACCAUGAUGGCUACAGGCAGUCGCAAUCAGCCAGGGCAGGAGGUGUUAGGCAGCUACAUCACUGCAUCAUCCCAGGGCAUGGAUAACUCCCGGGACCAGGUGUUGGAUGCCGGCAGGGUGUACUCUGAUGGCAAAACUGUGACGGCAACAGGUAGACAUGACCAGCCGGGCUGGGAAGUGUCAGGCAAUCACAUCACCGCAUCUCCCCAGGGCUCUGAUGACUCCCGAGACCGGGUGUUGGAUGCUGGUGGCUUUUAUUCCAGUGGCAAUACCGUGACGGUGACAGUCGGACAUGGCCAGCCAGGCCGGGAGGCAUCAGGCAGCGUCGCACCAGCCAUGGUGGCAGAGCAGGAGUGCGUAGAUGAUGCUGAGGGCACCACGUCUGUCUCCCGGACUGCGGGGGUCUCAGCUCCCGUGGGGUCAAAGGUCAUGGCAUCGCCCUCCCCACACCCAGUGCAGCCUCAGGACCCCUUGGCAGCCAUCUUGCCUGUCCCCUACCUCUUCCCGCGGCAGAUGGAGGGUGGAGCCUCUGAAGCAGAGGGCAGAGCUAUGGUGACGCCUGGCACCCGGCGCCCCUGCCGCAGGCGCCCCCCAGGCAAGGGUCACAUGGUUGCCCGGGAGGCUGGGGGCGCCCGGGACUCCGCCUCCUCUUCAACCCACAUGUUUCCCAUCAACAUCCACAACAUAACCGCAGCGACCAGCUUCCCCGGACAAUCCCGGCCAGGCCUGCCGGAGCGGGGCAGGAAUGAGACCUGGGCCAAGGAGCCUGGCCUAGGCAAGCCCAACCCGCCCCUGCCCAGUGGGGGGCCUGGCCCCACCCCCGGCCUCUGCCUGCUGGGCCUCACUGCCCUGCUGGGGGCCCUGCUGUGCUGAGCCCCACAGGGACCUGACCCAGGCACCCGGGACCGUCCCAUUCUGACCCCUCACCUAGAGCUGGAGAGGACCCAGGCUCCGCCCCACCCCUCCCCGGUCAACCCCUGCUCCCUUUCCCCACUCCCCUGCCCCUCCCGGGGACCCAGACAUCUGGGCACCACCUUGCCAUCAACCCUGCCCCCUGUCCCCAGUCCCCCUGCUUCCCCCAGAGGGAACCCAGGAGGCUGCGCUCCUGGACUGGGGCGGAUCAAGCCCCCCUUUGUUAUUUAUUGCCCUUUGUUGGGGGGGGGAUGUGGGAGGGGCAGUUGCGCAGCACCCCGUGAGGGGGAGGAGAAUAAAGAGAUGGAGACUGAAA